AUGGGCCCUGCUCGAAGUUUAUUUGAUGAAAUGACGGAUAGGAAUGUGGUAUCUUGGACCAGUAUGAUGUAUGGUUACUGCCAUCAUGGUGAUGUACAAUCUGCUAGAUCACUCUUUGAUGCCAUGGCUGAGAAGAAUCUAAUUUCUUGGAAUGUGAUGAUUUGGGGUUACAGUCAAAACAAACAGCCCCAUGAAGCCUUGAAAUUAUUUCAUGAACUGCAGUCAAAUAUGUCUCUUGAACCGGAUGGCGUGACUGUUGUUAGCAUUCUUCCAGCUAUUGCAGAUUUGGGCGCCUUGGAUUUAGGUCUUUGGGUUCACAAGUUUGUACGAAGGAAGAAGCUUGAUAGGGUAAUCAACAUCUGCACUGCGCUUGUUGAUAUGUACGCAAAAUGUGGUGAAACUACAGAGGCCAAAAGACUUUUUGAUGAGAUGCCUGAAAAGGAAACAGCUUCUUGGAAUGCCUUGAUAAAUGGGUUUGCAGUAAACGGCCGUGGCAAGGAGGCACUGGAGGUAUUUUUAGAGAUGCAGUGCAAAAAGAUUAUGCCGAACAAUAUAACCUUUAUUGGUGUUUUGUCUGCUUGUAACCAUUGUGGUCUGGUAGAGGAAGGGAAAAGAUGGUUUAAAGGAAUGGAGGGCUUUGGGCUUAUCCCGCAAAUUGAGCAUUAUGGUUGUAUGGUUGAUCUUUUGGGAAGGGCAGGAUGCUUGGAGGAAGUUGAGAAAUUGAUUGAGAGCAUGCCUUAUGAUGCUAAUGGAAUAAUUUUGAGUUCUUUUCUUUUUGCAUGUGGCCAUUCUGAGGAUGUCACAAGGGCCAACAAAGUUUUAAAGAAGGCAGUCAAAGUGGAGCCAUGGAAUGAUGGAAAUUAUGUCAUGCUCAGAAAUUUGUAUGUCAAGAAGAGAAGGUGGAGUGAUGCAGAGGAAAUUAAGAGGUUGAUGAGGAAGAAUCGAGCAAAUAAAGAGGUUGGUUGUAGUGUGAUAGAGGUUGAUGGUAGAAUCAAGGAGUUUGUGUCUGGUGACAGGGUGCAUGCGUAUUCUGAACCUAUACAUUUAACCUUGCGGCAGACGUGGAAGCACAUGAUGGGUGAUUUUAUAGAAAAGGGGUGA